ACAACAACAACAACCCAAUCAAAUUAAAGCACCAGAAAUUCAGACGGGAAAAUAUAAUUUCUGGAGGGAAAGAACACCUUAAUUUUAUUAAAAUCCCCUGUUUUAAAAGAACAGGCAAGUAAUGUCAUCAUACAAUAGGAACAACUUAAACCUUUCAUAAUCUAAAAUUGAACAGGGUCAAAGUAAUGAAUAAGGGAAGAAAGAACACAUACAAAGGUGAUUAAUUUAUGUUACCCUCAGGGCCUUUCAGUCUGCAGCCCAAUCCAAUGGGUUGCAAAGAGAAUUCAGGAUCCAAAUCCAUCAUCUUUUCAUAUCCUGUUAACAUUUUUCUAAAGAAAAUAUAUUAAAAUACAUCUCUCUUCCCCUUCUUUGAUUUUCUGAGUGGGGUGUACAUAUCUGGAUCAUCUAUUAAAUUGGAUCUGUUAUUUUCUUUCUCCUUGCACUUCACAAAAUCAAAGACAUCAUCUUCCCCAAGCGUUAAGUUCUACUCUUUAAAACUUAGAAAUUGUUCCUUGCCUUUUUCUUCAGUAAGAAUAGGCAGUGAUAGCAAGACUAGGCAAGACUAGCAAUUAAAAAACUUUAUAAUUUUGUAAUUUUGGAUCACCUUCUCCCAGUGGUAUCUGACUAUUGAUAACAUUUUGCAAGGGACGACUCCUUUCAGACUAUUAUUUAUCAUCGUGGACCACAUAGAUGGGUUUUCUCUGUGCCAACAUCACUUUUGGGAAAUCCUGAGAUUAGGUUAGAAUACAAUGAUAAUACUUUGCAUCAUUUUAGUCAACAAUUGGAACUAAGAUUCUAGUCCCAAUUGUGAUCAUAAUCCAAUUAUUUAUUUUUAUAAAUAACUGAAGGCGUCAAACAUAUCUUCCUCCUACUAUAUUCUUCACAACAGCCCUGAGAAAUGGCUGAGAAAGAGUGAUUGGCACAAAGUCAAACAGCUAUCUUUCAUGCCUAAAGUGGGACUAAGAUUCGUGGUCUCCUGGUUUCUAGAUGUAUUCCCCUUAACCACAAGAUUAAACUGGCUCUCUGCCUCUUCGCAAUUUUUACAAAAAAAAAUCAAGAGUAAAACAAAGAAAAUAGUUAAAAUUGAACUGAAUUUAAAUUUAACUCUAAAGGUUAUACAAUUACUUCAGGCUAGCAUCCAUUCUUUGGGUGCUUAGGAAGAACUAUUAACUAUUGGAAAAGGCUUCUUGUUGAAAUAAUUGAAUGUCUCUUCUAAUAAGUUAACAUUACAGGGACUUUUAGAUUGUACUUUAAUGUAGGUUGAUGACAUAAUAUUGUACUGUUUACAUCUUUUUCCUGUAAACUGAAAAUGUAAGUUGUUUAAAAUCAGUUUCAGUUGAAGCUGCCUAUAAGUAUAAAUAUUCAAACAUACCCAAUUGUGUUUGUAAGCAAUUAUUUCAUUUAUUUAAAACAUGUAUGCCACUUCCUGGUUAAAAAUAAUCUUGAAGUGACAUACAUAGAAAGCUUCAGGAGUAAAAGCAUUACAGAUUGUCCUUGUUUAGCAACUGCAACUCAGUCAUUAAGUAAUCACUAAGUGAAAAACAUGUAACCAUGACUAUGCUUAUGAUUUUACUUCAGCUUUACUUCUGUUGCAGCAAAAGUGUAAACGUGGGCAUUGGUCACAGUUACUUUUUCAACCCCAUCAUAGACGUCACCGUCUAAUUGCUAAAAGAGGAUUAUCUGUACAGUACAAGAUGGCAAUUAUUUAUGUAGGAAUUACAGAAGCCAAACAAAACACACUCUUAAGUAUAAUUUAGAGCAGGGGUCCCCAACCUUUUAGACCUCAGGAACCAUCAAGUUCAUAAUUUUAAAUCCUGCAGACCACUAAUACGAAUCCAGUGCUUGCUGAAGCGCCUGGAUUCCCAGUGAUGGGAUGGGGUCCUUCAGGCACUCUCCCUCCUCUCUCUCUCUCCCCCCCUCUCUUUCUCUCUGUCCUCCUCUCUCUCCCACUCUUUCUCAUUCUCUCUCUCAUCCUCUCUUUCAUUCUGUCUCUUUCUCUCCCCCUCAUUCUCUCUCUCCUCCUCUCUCUCCCACUCAUUCUCUCUCAUAUUCCCUCUAUUUCUCUCUCUCUCAUUCUCUUUCUCUCUCUCCCUUUCAUUCUGUCUCCUUCUCUCUUUCUCUCUCCCCCUUCUCUUUCUCUCAUUCUCUCUCUCUCCCCCUUUCUCUCUCUCAUUCUCUCUCUUUCUUUCUCUGUCUCUCUCUCUCUCUCACUCUCUCCCCCCCUUUCAUUUUGUCUCCUUCUCUCUCUCUUCCUCUCUCCCCUUCUCUUUCUCUCUGAGAGGAAGUCAAGCAUCUCCCCGAGAGACCGAGGUGCACAGAACACCAACAAGGGCUGGCGAGAUCCAGCAAGAGAUGAAGCUUCACUCCCGCUCUGGAAUAUGGAGCGAAUCUACAUUCCCCUCCCCUUCCGUUGCCAGGCGAGGAGUGAUUGGAAAGGGAGGGCAAGGUACGGGGACAGCCACUGGUGGGUUCAGCCAACAGGAAGCUACAGCAGAGGGAAGAAACAGCCCGGGGUUCCCACCACCCAUUGCUUCGGCCCGCCUGCACUGCCACUGCCCCUUGCACCAUUACUUCAUUCUGACUGGUGAAGGCUGCACUGCAAAGUUGCAAGUUGCACGAACCUCCCUCAACGGCGGAGAUUUCCAGCCCCACCAUGAGCUUCCUGGCCAGUCCCAUAUUCCAGCGCUCUAGUCUCAGGAUUGGCCAUUGCUCAUCCUGGAGCAGCUCCUCCACCCGGGUGCACCGCGGAUCACCAACAUUUUCUCACGGACCACCAGUGGCCCGCGGAUUACCAGUUGGUGACCACUGAUUUAGAACAAUUGCUAAAUAACAUUAAGUCUUUGAUUUUAUGAUGCACUUUUAAUAGAACAUCAAUUUAAAAUCCAGUAUUAAAAGCACUUUUGGAAGCAACUAUCAUACUAUCAAUAGUAAAGUAAAGCAUAUUUUUGGAAGAUAGCUAUGGGCUAAAAGGAAUGUUGGACUUACCUGAAUGUUCUUUCUAUGUGCGCUGCAGAAGAGUCCAAGCAUGGGUUCAAUUUGUCUGAUUGGCCAGAGACUGAGUUGCAAAUUCUUUGGCCAUGCCUCCUCCCGGCUGAGCCUCAGUUUUUUCAAUGAAGACCAGGAUCUGGAGAAGACAUAGUCCAACUGAUGAAAUUGACCUCCUGGUCCCAUAAUAGAACCAGGGUGGGUUUAGACUCUCCUGUAGUGCACAAAGAAAGAACGUUCAGGUAAGUCCACCAUUCCUUCUCCUAUGCGCUACUUGGAGAGUCCAAGCAUGGGAUAUACCCAAGCUAAAUUGUCGUUGGAUGGGAGAGAUAGAUUGGUCCAGGGUCCCUCGGCUGGCAGGACUCGCUGUAACACUCGUCUCCUGAAUGCUGCUUCUGCAGAAGCAGACUUGUCCAACUUGUAAUUCCUCACAAAUGGAGAGGGAGAAGCUUAAGUGGCUGCCCUGCAAAUUUCCAGAAUUGAGGCCUGUGUAGCCCAGGCCGCUAUGGUGGCUGUACUUCUGGUUGAAUGCGCUGUGAUGCGGUGUGGUGCGGGCCUGGCCUUGUAGGCCAAUGCAAUGAAAGCUUUGAGCGAAUGUCCAAUGGUGGAUGGUGACACCUUCUUACCUAUAGACCGGAGCUGAAAUGAAAUGAACAGAGAUUCCGUCCAUUGGAAUGAAGCCUUGUGCUUUAUGUAUUUAUGUAGAGCUCUGCCGACAGCUAAGGAUGGCAAUGUUUUUUGCGUGGAUGUCUGGGUUUCAGACAGAAGUCUGGUAAAAUAACUUCCUGCACUCUGUAGAACCAGGUGCUAAUCUUUGGAAUAAAUGUCGGGUCUAAACAGAGAACAACUCUAUCCAGGUGAAAGAUGCACAAGUCUUGACGACCGAUAGGGCUGCCAGCUCCAAAAUCCUGUGUGCAGACGUGAUUGCUACUAGAAAGGCAAACUUGAAUGUGAAUAGUCUGAUGCUGGCUGAUCCCAAGGGCUCAAAUGUAGGUGAUGUGAGCGCCUGUAAGAUGACUGGCAGUUCCCAAGUUGGGUAUCUGUGGACCAUUGGGGGUAACAGGCUGGACACUCCUUUUAAAAAACUACAUGCCCUCAGGUACUGAGAAAGAGGAGCUGUUCCCUCGCCUGGUGAGAUGAUAGCCGAGGCAAGCUACCUGCCUGUGAAGGGUAUUUGUAGAUAAUCCUUUAUCAAGAUCCAGUUGUAAAAAAUCCAAGACUCACAGAAGUGUUGCUGAUGUAGGUACUACUUUCUCCUUGGUGCACCAGCGACAAAAUGAAGCCCCUGUGGCCUCAUAUAUCCUGUUCAUUGAUACCCUUCAGAAAGCAAGAAUAGUGGAAAUUACCUUGCCAGAGAAAUAUCCCCUUCCUGAGGAUCUCCCUUUCAAGUGCAAAUGGCCAACUGGAGCACUGAGGGUCUGGGUGUUGCAGGGGACCUUGGCUGAGGGAGAUCCUGUGCGGUGGUAUUUUCCAGGGCUGUGAGGUGGACAGUGCCAUCAGAUUCACAAAUCAUGAACGCCGUGGCCAGUGAGGUGCCACCAUCAGCAUCUCUGACUCCUCCUCCAAGAUCGUUCUGAUGACUCUUGGUAUUAGGGGGGUUCAGAGGAAAGGCAUACAACAGGUUGGCUGGUCACAGACAACGGAGGACAUUGACCCCCUCAGUCGCUGGUGUCUGGAACCUGGAAAAAAAUCUUGGAAGUUGAGUGUUCUGUGGACUGGAAAAUGAAUCCAGGACCGGAAUCCUGAAUCUUUCUGUUAUCUGGUAAAAUAAAUCUGGGUGGAGUUGCCAUUCAGACUGGGUGAUAGUUCUGCUCGGGUGUUGGACGUUCCGGAAAUGUGUUCCACUCAUAAAGACCGCAGAUGUUUCUCCGCCCAGAGACGUAAGUCUUUCACCUCGCGCAUCAGGACCCUGGAAUGGGUGCCCGUUGACAUGCGCUUUGGCGAGUCACAUUGUCCAUCAAGAGAAUCACGUGUUGAUCUGACAAGUCAGUUUAAAAGUGGCAUAGAGCCAGAUGAGCCGCUCUCAGCUCCAGCCAAUUGAUAUUGUUGAGCAGAUCCUGCUGAGACCACCGACCUUGAGUCACUUUGGAAUUCAGGUGGCACCCCAGCUGAAUAGACUGGCAUCCGAUGUUAACACCAAGAGACAUCCUUCCUCCAUAGUGGCUGAUGUCCACCAGUCCAGGGAUCAGAGAACCUGCUUGGGAACCCUGAUCUUGGACAUUUAAUUGCUACACUCUGAUCUCUGACUGGGUAGAAGUAGCCAUUGUAAGGCCCUUGUAUGCAAUCGAGCCCAAGGGACUAUAGCCAGAUAGGAAAUCAUAUUCUCUAAUAGUUGGGAGAGGAGCAGUAAGGGAACUAGCUUUAAAGACUUGAUCUGUCCCACCAUCUCCUUUAUGCUGUCUCGACAUUCCUGAGACAGAAAUAUUGUGAUAAGUGAGUGUUGAUCACUGCCCCUAGAUGAGUUAGGCUGGGGGAUGGUAUCAAUUGGCUUUUCUCCCAGGUCAUAGAAAAUCCAUGAUCCUGGAGAGUUUGGACCGUGAUUUGAAGGUCCUGUUCCGCCUCCCUGAGGGACAAUGACUGAAUUAAUACAUUAUCAGGUAACAUUGCAGGUGGAUGGGCCUUGCCCGCAGAUUCAUUACUACAGCAUCUAGGUUUGUGGGCCGAGGAGAAGACAAAGGGGAGUGCCCUGUAUUGCCUGCCAAUGGUGGCCUGCAUAUGAGAACCUGAGGAACCUCCUGUGGGACAGUCUGAUGGGGACGUGGAGAUAUGCCUCUUUUAGAUCUAUUGAUGUUAAAAGAUGUCCCUGUCUGAUGCAACCCAGGAUAGUAUGAAGGGAUUGAAUUUUGAACCUUUUGUACUUUAUGUGUACAUUGAGUUCCUUCAGAUUCAAAAUAGUUUUCUGGCCGCCCGAACUCUUGGGAACCAGAAAGAGGACGGAGUAAAAGCCAAGACCCUUCUGACCCACUGGCACUGGCUUUGGCCUUGAUUUGCCACUGGCUUUGAUAUCCAGCAAAUGCUGAAUCUUGGCCUCCAUCAUAGCCCUUUUGUUGUGGGGGACUGGAACAAAAUUCUAGGGUGAGCCUGAGCCUUACUGUUUGUAAUGCCCAAGCAUCAGUAAUGGUAUCCCUCCACUGGCUGGCAAACAUCUUUAAUCGGCUGCCAAUGGGGAUAUGUGACUGAGAGUCACUUCGAGUGGUGGUAAGAUCGGCUACUGGCACCCCUAUAGAGACAUCUGUUAAGUCCUCGCGGCUACGUCCUGUCUGCCUCAGCCAAGCUGGUUAGCAGCGCACUGAUUGGUUGAGGCGCAGGCAACAAGAAAGAGCGGGAACCGGGAAGAGCCGUCAUUGGUUCCCCAUUUGACAGCUACUUCUUUGUAGCUGUCAACGCCAGCACUUCUCCUCAGAAGCGUUUUGUCUAGUUGUUGGAAGGUUAGCGUUUGUUCUAGUCUGUUGUAUGCCAAUAAAGUUGGAGUUUCAUGGCAGCCUCGCCUCUGUCCUUAUUGGGCCAGUCUCGGAUCUAACACUGGCGACGAAGGUGGGAUACUCCCGACAUUAAAUCCGAGCUAUGGACAGAGAGGAAAGUGCCUUGCAGAGCAAAUUACCUCACGACUCGCAACAAUUAUGGCCGGUGCAUUGCCAAUCUUUUCACCGUUCGUCCCUUCAUCCGAGAAGUGGGACGAGUAUAUCGAGAGUUUCGAGUGUUUCCUCCACGCCAAUGACCUCGCGGAUUUGUCCGGCGCGAGGAAACGGGGCUAUUUCCUAAGCUCAUGCGGCAGCGAAGUGUUCAGUACCGCUCGAGCUCUCGCUGCCCCACAACUAGUUUUUGAGUUAACAUGGGAAGCACUAGUGGAAAAAUUGAAGAAUCACUAUGCUCCCGCCCCAUCCCGAAUCGCCCGCCGGCACGCGUUCCAGCAUUGUGUACAAAAGGAAGAACAAACGAUCAACGCAUAUAUGGCUUCCUUAAGAUCGGCCGCCCUCCAAUGCGAGUUUCGAGAUUUCCUGGAUGACAUGUUGUUAGACCAAUUGGUCUGUGGCGUCCGGGACAUGAGACUCCAACGGCGCCUCCUGGCACGAAAAGAUUUAGACCUUUCCACGGCCUUAUCUGAGGCCAGAGCUGCGGAAAUGGCCGAUGACUCGGCCGCAGAGCUCCAGCGACACCAGAGGGGAUCCCUAACGAGCGAUCGCCCCCUGGGCGUCCACCAUGAAGAUGCUACUCAAGAGAGCUCGUCGGAAGAAGAAGCAGACGUGCGCCGCCUAAAUCUCCGACAAAGGCGGCAAGGGGACUUCCCCGACAAGCACCUGCCAAAUCCAUGCAUGGGGUGUGGAGGAGACCACGCGAGAGGCGACUGUAAAUUUAAAACAGCUGUAUGUCGCCGCUGCGGGAAACGGGGACACCUGGCACGAGUGUGCAGGGCAACCCUGCCAUCCAGCGACGAUGCCCUGGAGCGAACCAAGUCACAGAAGCCAACCCGGAAGCCGAUGGCGCGUCAACGGGCCUGUUUCACCGCCUCCGAUUCUACCGACGACGUCGUCAGCUUCGCCACCUCCACGAUACCAACCAACAAAAUACACCUGUCGGUGCAGCUCAAAGGGGCACAGUGCGAUAUGGAGGUGGACACCGGCUCGUCGCGCUCCCUUAUUGCCUGGUCUACCCUGAAACAUCUCGUUCCAAGUUUGGAAAAGGGAGCUCUCAAGCCCUGUGCAGUGACAUUGCGAGACUAUCAAGAGAAAACGAUCCCAACCCUGGGCAUGGGCAGAUUCAGGGUAGCAUACCAGAAAUUUGAGGGCAGUUUACCACUGAUCGUUGUCAGGAGCGACCUGCCAACCCUCCUAGGGCUGGACUGGUUCGCUGCCCUCGGCCUAAACGUGGCAGGGGUCCAUACCACUCUCCUUGAUGUGCCAUCAGCAUUGGCCAGCGAAUUCGCUAACGUUUUCGAAGACACCCUGGGUAAAUAUAAUGGAACCCCAGUGUCACUUCAGCUUGACCCCCAGGUGCAGCCCAUUCGAUUGAAGCCAAGAAGGGUCCCCUUAGCACUCUGACCGAGAGUAGAUGAACAAUUGGAUAAACUGAUAUCCCAGGGCGUUUUGGUUCCCAUUGAUCACGCUAAAUGGGAAACCCCAAUCGUAACCCCCCUGAAGCCGGACGGAUCUGUGCGGACUACAAGGGGACGAUCAAUAAAGCCCUCCAAGCCAAUCCGUACCCUGUCCCGGUGGUGCAACACUUGCUCCACUCCCUGGGCCAGGGCCGAGUUUUUGCAAAGUUAGACUUGGCACAGGCCUAUCAACAGCUCCCGGUGGAUGAGGAGACGGCCAUCGCGCAGACAAUCGUCACCCACCGGGGAGCUUUCAAGUGUACACGACUCCAAUUUGGAGUCAGUGUAGCACCGGGAAUAUUCCAGGGACUCAUGGAGCGGUUGCUCUAUGGCCUCCCCGGAGUUGUUCCUUACUUUGAUGACGUUCUGGUGUCAGGGAAGGAUCUCCCAGAACUAGUCACCAAGGUAAAGGCUGUGAUGGGCCGAUUCCGCCAGGCGGGGUUGAAAUUACGGAGGGACAAAUGUCGGAUCGGAGUGCCCCAAGUUGAAUUCUUGGGGUUCCUUGUGGAUGCUCACGGCAUCCGUCCGGCCCCCUCAAAGGUCGAAGCGAUUCGAAAUACCCCCACGCCCACUUCCAAGGCCAAGCUUCAAGCUUUCUUAGGCCUCCUAAAUGUCUAUGCUAUAUUCCUUCCCCAUAAAGCGACAGUGGCCGAGCCACUCCAUUGCCUCCUAGAUGCUGGCGCAACUUGGAAUUGGUCUAAAGCCGCGGCAGCUUCCUUUGAAGCUGUCAAACGGCUCCUAACAUCUUCCGCUGUCCUGGUGCAGUACAAUGAGAAGCUCCCCCUAACACUCACUUGCGAUGUCUCGCCAUUUGGGGUUGGGGCUGUCCUCAGCCACCUAUUCCCAAACGGGUUGGAGGCACCCAUAGCGUUCUACUCGCGCACACUCUCUCCAGCUGAACGGAACUAUAGUCAGCUGGAUAGAGAGGUCCUUGCCAUUGUCGCUGGAAUCAAAAGAUUCCACGACUAUCUAUAUGGCCGUUUCUUUUCCCUGGUCACUGACCAUAAGCCGCUGUUAGGGUUACUAGCCAGUGACCGCCCUACCCCACAAAUAUUGUCACCACGCAUGUCGCGGUGGGUAGAAUUCCUAGCGGCAUAUUCAUACCAGCUGAGGCACAAGCCUGGCAGCGCCAUAGGACACCCAGAUGCCCUCAGCCGCUGCCCCUCCCAGUGGCGGUCAUCGACCCAGCCCCAUCCCUACCGGUGCUCCUGAUAGAGGAGUCUAACUCCCCUAUCUCAGCACAGGAUGUCUCUCGUGAGUCCGCCAAGGACCCGGUAUUGGUGCAGGUCCUCGACUGGGCCCGCAGGGGCUGGCCGCAAGGAGCAGUGGGGCCGGAGUUUCUACCAUAUACCCGCAGACAAGGGGAAUUGUCAGUACAUAAGGGAUGCCUACUCUGGGGGAGUAGAGUGGUGGUCCCUCUGGCUCUACGAUCUCAGGUGUUAGAAUGCCUACACAUGGCCCACCCGGGCAUAGGGAGAAUGAAAGCCCUAGGUCGCAGCUAUGUCUGGUGGCCGAAGCUAGACCAUGACAUAGAAACUUGGGUUGGACGUUGCCAGCAAUGCCAGGGCUCCAGGGCUGUUUUGUGCAGUUUUUUAUUUUUACAUACACAAUACGUCUAACAGCUCUAAAGAUGCUCAUAAUUGCUAUAUUAUUUUAAUGUUUUUAAAUAAAAUUAAGUUAUAAUAUGUUGAAAGAUAACAGGUAAGAUAAAGGAGUCCCUGAGGAUUUUAUUCCAUUAGUUGUUGCCAACUCUAAGGGGAGUGUUCAUUUCCAUUUCAAGAGCCAUUGAACCAGUGUUGUAUGAAGACGUUCCCAUCAUCAUGUGGCCAGCAUGAAGUCAUGGAGCACUGUUAACAUCGAAGGGGAACCUAUUUAUCUACUCGCAUCUACAUGCUUUCAAACUGCUAGAUUGGCAGUAGCUAAAGCAAGGCAUAUUAAGUUUUAAACCCCUUUGAUGAGGAAAAGAACCCAAGGCAUCUGUAAGGAAGAAGGGCAUCACCAGGCCUCUGCUAUUCGCCUUCAUGAAUAAGAGCUAUUCUCUAGGUUCAAUUGGGGACUUUUCACAUAGGAUUCAUGGAUUCUACCAAUCAGCUGAUAUCAUGCAUAUGAUAUUAUUGUGGCUUCUAUUGAACAUUUACGUCUUCCAUAGAAUAAAACACAGCAGUGGCAUUUACCCCCGACAAGAAUUGCUAGAAUGUUCAAGGAUAAAUCCGAAAAAUGUUGGAAGUGUCAUCAGAUACUGGAUCAUAUUACCAUAUGUGGUGGACAUGUGUGGAAGCGAAAAGAUAUUAGACUAAAAUAUACAUAUGGUUGGAGAAAAUGGUCAAAAAACAUAUAGACCUUAAGCCAGAAGUUUUUUUUGUUGGGUAUUAUACCUGAAAUAUAUACUAGAGAUUUAAAAUAUUUGAUUGUGAAUAUUAUUACAGCAGCCAGGAUUGUGUCCUUUGGGAGAAGGGCAGUAUAAAAAUCAAAUAAAUAAAUAAAUAAAUAAAUAAAUAAAUAAAUAAAUAAAUAAAUAAAUAAAUAAAUAAAUAAAUAAAAUUGGAAAAAUGAGAAAUUACCUUCGCAAGAUGAAAUUAUUAGAAAGAUGAUGGAAUGUGCAGAGAUAAGUAAAUUGACAUUUGAAAUUAGAGAACAAGAAAAUAAGCAAUAUUAUAAAAUAUGGGAUCUAUUUUACCACUGGUUAGAAGAAAAGACAUGUUAGAAAAGAUUUUUUUUAAAAAAGAGGUUAAGCUUAAGAGAAGUAAUUUGAAUUAAACUAAUUUAGGAGAAUGGAAUGAAUAAUGUUAUUAGAAAAAAUACUAAUGUUUAAUUAAAAAUUGAUUGAGUAAGAGACCUGGACAAUGCAAGACAGAUGUAUGAAAGAGAUGUUUAUUUUGAAAUUGCACAAGAAGAUAUGUAAACAACCCACCAACACAUUGUAAUUGGUUUGACGAGAUUUUUAUGUUUAUCUUUGUUCGUUGUUAAAAAAUAAAAAAAAUUAUUUUAAAAAAAAGAAUGACUCCAUAGAACUCUAUUGUUCUCCUAAUAGUAGUUGCCACCAGUCUUAAAAGUGUUUUUUUCUUCAAAAGGCAACUGGACUGUUUUUUCCUACCAAUCUUGGAAUGACAUCAACUCUGGCACUCAGACCUAAUAUUGUAUUGUUAAAUACUUUAUAUGACAAAUAUUCUGGAUCACAUGGGUUCAGAUCCUGACAUGA